GAUGUUUUCUUGACCCAUUCAGCACUGAUGGCCCUCGCUUCCUUGCACCCCUUGGCACGUGGUCGCCUGGAUCGGGGAAGCACUUUGGCUGCUAUCCAGCUGCAUGAGACCGUUCGCCCAGAUCGCUGGUGUGUGACGCGUCAUGACCUCUGGCAAUUGAAGAAAGAGGUCGUGCGGGCCAUCUGCGAGGGAAGAAUCGGCGUGGACUCCGAGAGCGAAGACAGUCAGGACAAUGAAGACUAUGAAGACGUCUAUGGGCCCAGCAUUUACAUUGUCAAUGAGCAGUACAUCAAGCCAGUGACAGCCGAAGCUGGCAAGGUCAGUUGGGCUUUGAUGCGCAAUCCAGAGGGAUUGGACUGCGAUGUCUUUGUCAGCCAUGCUUGGCAGGAGGGUGUCUUCGAAUUUCUCUCGAAACUCCGUUGCUCCUGGCCUUGGGCCGCGCGCAAUGCCUGGUGCUGCAUGCUGGCGAAUCCGCAACACUUGAAUAUCGGUUCGAUGCUCUUGUCGCCCAAGACAUCGCCCUUUGCCCUGGCCUUACAAGCCUCGAAGACGGUUUUGGUCGUGGCCAACCGGCACAAGAGUAUCUACUGUCGCCUUUGGUGCGGCUAUGAGGCAUAUGUGGCUUCGGAGGAUGCAAAGGUCAUCCGUAUCGCCGCUGCUCCUCUGGCCAACCGGAUGUGUUGUAGCUGUUGGAUGACUUUGUUGCCACUGUCUUUGGGUUUCAUCUUGGGUGCGCUGGCAAAUGUACUACAUUGGGAUCUCAGCCCACAAGGCGUGGUGGUGGUGUCUCUUUGCGCCUUCUUCAGCGCCUACUUUCAUGGCCCUCUGCGGCAAGCCUCCAACUACGCAGGACUCGUGGCGACCGCCAGCAUGGAGUUGAGUUUCGAUCCCACUGGCAAAGGCAGUGAGUUUCAUGAGUUGGGUCUCCAACUCAUGGACGGCCGACUCACGUGGAUAGGUUUGAGCGCCUUGUUUGUCAUCGCAGAGCUUGAUAGAGCUUGGAGCAGUCACAUUGAGGAGGAAGGUGAGCUCCUGCGGAAGCGAUACUCAGGGUCGAUUCGCUGGGCUACUUGUUCGCAGCCAACGGAUCAGCAGAACAUUUGGGAUGAGAUUGGCGACAAGGUGGACGAGGUGGAUCAUGCGAUUCAUGUGCUCAUCACCGCGGGGAUCUCGUCUCCCUCCUUGCGCGCGGCCGCCAAGCUCGGGGUGGACAUCAAUCACGCAGGGCAUGCGGAGGCAGCUGUUGCUUUUGUCGCGCUCGGACCAUUGCUGGUGCUCAGCGCGUGUGAAAUGGCGAACAUAGCCUGUUGCGAGCUGCCUCAGACACCACUGGGCUGGAUUUGUUUUUGCUUGGCCGUGGGCGGAGUGUUAGCGCGACUGAUCCUCCUCGUCAUGCUGUUCUCAAGUCCUGCAGACAAAAGAUUGUUCAUCCUGAAGGUGGUGACCAAGCUGCUCACAGCGGCGGUGUUCUGCCUGUCCAUGGUUGUGAUCUCUGUCUUUUUUGAGUGGCCAGGUGCAUAUCAAGCUGCUCACAUUUGUUUAGCACUGGGCGAUGCGAGCUUCUUGUUUUCCCUGGGCUUCUCUCUCCUGGGCAUGGAUCGUACGAUGGCUCUUCCAGGUGGCAAGUGGUUGCUGCAGUGGUUUCUGUCGCGGCAAGGAGGUCGCAUACCAAAGGUAUGCAAGACUUCUGUCGACACCGACUCCUCCGAGUGAGUGCCAACGAUCGUCCAAAA